AAGACAGAUCCAUUUUGCUUUCCCAAGUCAAUACCGCAUCCAACUUUAGAAUUUGACCCAUCCCAGAUCAUAAAACGUUAAGAUAACUAGUCACUUUUUCGUGUUUCCAAAUUUUGCUCGAGAAAUUUUGCUAAUGGAAGACCCAGAGGAAAAUGUUCAUGUUGUUGCUCAGAGACAGGAGAAAAACCCAAGAAAAAUGGGGUUCUGGGGAUUGCUAACCAGUCCUAUAGAUUGGUUAAAAAUGCUUUGUGUAGAGUUGCAUUGGAGCUUUGUGUUGGGCGUGGUCAUUGUGUAUGGAAUCAGUCAGGGUCUGGGUGUGGGACUGAGUAGAGUUAGUACGCAGUAUUACAUGAAGGAUGAGCAGAAAAUGCAACCCUCCGAAGCUCAGGUGUAUUUUGGGAUGAUUCAAAUUCCUUGGGUUAUUAAGCCUCUCUGGGGUCUCUUCACUGAUACCGUUCCAAUUCUAGGGUAUCGGAGACGGCCGUAUUUUUUUUCCGCAGGUUUUAUUGGCAUCAGCUCCAUGCUUGUGCUAUCACUACACAAGAGAUUGCAUCUUGCAUUUGCGAUGUUUUCUCUAAUAGCAGGCAGUGCUGGAAUAGCUAUAGCAGAUGUUACCAUUGAUGCUUGUGUGACGCAGAAUAGUAUAAGUCAUCCCUCCCUUGCUGGUGACAUGCAAAGCUUGUGUGGACUGAGCUCUUCCAUUGGAGCUCUGAUAGGAUUUUCACUCAGUGGCUUUUUUGUUCACCUAGUUGGGCCUAAGGGUGCUUUUGGGUUGCUGAGCAUUCCGUCUGGACUGGUUGUUCUGGUUGGAAUGCUGCUGAGGGAAUCCCGUGUUCAUAACUCUGGGUACAGGAGGGUAAGUGAGAAGCUAGUGGAUGCUGGUAAGGCUAUGUGGACAACAUUGAAAUUUCGGGAGGUGUGGAGGCCAUGUUUAUACAUGUACUUAUCACUUGCCUUGGCCCUGAAUAUCCAUGAAGGAAUGUUUUAUUGGUAUACAGAAUCCAAGGGAGGCCCAUCUUUCUCACAGGAGGUUGUUGGAUCCAUAUCCGCUAUUGGUGCAGUUGGCUCACUCUUUGGGGUUCUUAUCUACCAAAACUUUUUAAGAAACAAACCUUUUCGUGGCAUACUUUUCUGGAUUCAACUGCUAUAUGGUGCAUCCGGAUUACUAGAUUUGGUGUUGGUUUUACGCAUAAACUUGAAAAUUGGUGUACCAGAUUACUUCUUUGCGGUAAUUGAUGCAGCCAUUUCUCAAAUGAUUGGGCGUAUUAAAUGGAUGCCUCUACUUGUACUUAGUUCCAAGCUUUGUCCUGCUGGUAUAGAAGGCACUUUCUUUGCUUUGCUUAUGUCAAUUGAUCAUGUCGGAUUGCUUUCGUCAUCUUCAGCAGGGGGCCUUUUACUCCACAUUUUGAAGGUUACAAGGACACAGUUUGACAACCUUUGGGUAACUAUAUUGAUUCGGAGCUUGUUGCGAAUAGUUCCAAUUGGGUUCCUGUUUUUAAUACCCAAAAGUGAUCCCAACUUGUCUAUUCUUUCAACUGAGAUGAUGAGGACCAAAAAAGGUACCAGUGUCUUUGAACCUGAGACCGUUGAAAUGGUCUCCCUUAUCAAUAGCACUUGACCAGAAUUAGGGAUGUAAUAAAAUGCAGCUUGAAAGAAAACAAGCAUGUUAUAGGACAUUAUGCUAACUGCAUUGGAAAUACUGCUGAUUACCCACAACCUGGAAAAGGUUUGCCAAGCAAUGUGAUCGGAGAUUCCUGCUGACAGUUCCUUGAAAAUACUGACUCAUUUCUCUAGAAAAAGUUGUUGAAGAGGGUGCCAUUCUUCUGAUUUGGAAAUCGUAUGGACUGAUUUAUUUUCAUCAUACUGUCAGACCUAGAUGGCAGAGAUGUAAUUCGAUCAGGAUUCCACACUGCUCCAGACCUUGUAGGAUGCCUCAGGGAUUGGGGUUGGGUGUCUUUUGAAGUCAAUUUUUUUUUUUUUUGGGUAAAAGCUUCCAAAGGCACCAUUAUUGGAAAGUGCUACGCAUCAAUGCAUAUGGUAAUUUUGGUGGACUGUGAUGCAGAGCUCAGAUCAUAAAGCCAAUCCCAGUGACAAUUCAGCUCUAGCUUUGGAAUCAGCUUAAAUCAGAUCCUGUUUCUCUAAUCAUUUGCAUCAUUGGAAACAACAGUAGCUCCAAAUUCAAGAAAUUACUCCAAUGGGCGAGGACGUUCAUGUUUAUUUUCUGUGAGUUUUCGAAAUUCUUAGAGAACAUCUUGUUCUACAAAAUCGUUGAUCUAAUGUAGCACCACAUUGACGUAACCUCUUUUGAACUUCUUGAAGACAAAAAGCUUCUUUCAGUUUA